AUGCUCAGAAGAUUCAAAGGAAAGGAUAAUAGUUCAACUGGCAUUAUCCUCAAAGGCUUACACAGUCUGACAGUAGCAUCCAAAUGGUCAAAAGGAGUAGAACCUGUUGAUGCUGAACUUGUCAGAACAGUUAGUAAGUUCUACGGGAUUGAGGAAGAAAAGGUCUUCACAGAACUUAAAGUGUUUCAUGCAUCCUACUCCUUCACCAAAAAUAAUGUGCAGGAAAUGCUAAAGUGCCUAAAAGACAAUGAGAUUGAGUCUGUUUUCCCCUCUCUUUCUGAACUCCUAAAGAUUUAUGCAACAUUACCUGUCUCCACUUCUACAGUUGAGAGCUACCCCUUCACUGCAGACAAGCUGAAGGCUAAAUGCUCAAUUGGAGUCUAUGGAUCUCAGCAUAUUUGGACCGAUUUUUGGACCGAAUUUGGGAUAUUGUUGGAACCAGGGAUCUCCACUGAAGGACUGAGAUCCAGACUUCGGAGAAGUUCAUUUAUUCACAAAGAUGUGUCUGGUGCUGGUUCAGAUGGAGUGUCAGUGAUGGAGGGAGAUUCAGUCACUCUACACACUGGUGUUAAAAUAAACCAACAAGAAAAGAUUAAGUGGUAUUUUAAUGACACGCACAUUGCUUACAUCAGUGGAGAUCCCAGUAAGACCUGUACAGAUGUACAGUGUGAAGAUGGUGAAGAGAGAUUCAGAGACAGACUGAAGCUGGAUCAUCAGACUGGAUCUCUGACCAUCAUAGACACCAGAACCACAGACUCUGGAGAAUAUAAACCAGUAAUCAUCAACGGCAGUGACAGUGAAAAGAUCUUCAGUGUUACUGUUCAUGGUGUUUCUGCUGGAAAACGAGUUGAAAUAUAUGUGAAGGAGGGGGAAAAUGUUACUUUAGAUCCUGGUGUUAUAAAAAAAACUAUUGAUCCGAUGACGUGGUCCUUUAAUAACACUCUCAUCGCUAAAAUCACUGAAGAUCAGAGUAAGAUCUCUACAGAUGAUCAGUGGAGAGACAGACUGGAGGUGAAUCAGACUGGAUCUCUGAUCAUCACAAACACCAGAACCACAGAUUCUGGACUGUAUCAACUACAGAUCAACAGCAGCAGAUUCAGCAUCAGUAGGAGCUUCAGUGUCACUGUCACUGAUGCAGGUCCACCUUCAGGAAUACGCGUGACUGUUUUUCGUGGCCCUAUCGACUGUUGUGAUUUGAUGAAGGUGCUUUACAAAGGGAGAGAAGAUGAAAAAUAAGCGCAGGCAUCUGUCAAAAGUCCAAGGAUGAGAUGGAAAAAGGACACGUGAUCUGAGAGGAUCCCAAGUGGUUCUUGGAUCUGCAACAUUAUUUCCACACUUCAGCUUUAGCUGUUGAGCUGUAACCUAAAGUACUUUACUUACUAAUCAUAAAACACUUUUUACAUGUUGUGGAAAUAAUAACCUACCUGUUACUAGAAGCACAUAUAAUUUAGGACAUUUAUAUCAGAACAUUACCUCGUAGUUGUAGUUUAUAAACCUGGAAUAAUAUUAUAUUUAUCAUUUAGCAUGCUUAUUGUAAUAAGUGCCUUGGUUUCUGGUUAUGGGUUAUGCUUUGGUGAAGUGCUUGUAGAAGUGAUGUGUUUUCAGCUGUUUCUCAGCAGAUCAAACAGAGGUUGAGUGUUUCUGGAGUGAAGCUUCUGAAAGAAACUUGUUGUGAUGGAACCACCAGGUGGCGCUUAUUCAUUAUUAAACUUUCUUUAUACAUUAUUUGUAUUCAGUUCAACAAUAACCUACUUUUAGCAUUUAGUUGUCUUGAUAAAGUUAUAAACCAAAUGCUUUGUGAAAAUAAGAUGGAAACACACAAUUAAGCAUUUAACCAUGUAUUUACACAGAUAUAAAAGUGUAUAAACAUUUAAGACAAACCUACCAUGAGUUCUCAGGACAGUCAACAUUACUUCAUUAUUUCAUUUACAAAAUGUAUUAAAUGGACAAAUUCCAUGUGAAGAAGAUCUGUGCUACACACAUUGUACUGUCAGUUUUUAUGCACACUGUAUUAAUGUACUGUAUUUGCAUUUGCAUACAAAGUGUAAAAUAAUUCAUACAUCUUGUUUUGCUUAGUUUUGAGUAAUUUGUAUAUGAAGAGUUCAGAUGCAUAAACCUCUAAGUAAGUCUGUUUCUAUGUAAGUACUGGUACUUCUGAAUGGCUUGAGGCUGGUAUUUAGGGCAUUUGAAGUGAAAGUACCUUAUGAACAUAUACUAUGUGUGGAGAGCAUUCACUCAGUAUCUCAU